ACGUGUACUGCAGACAUACAGAACCUGUCACAGACAAUAUGUCAGUGUACAAUUUCAAGAAAGGGGACAUCCACUUCCUGUCAACUCUUACUUUCUCCAUUUCAAGCCACACUAUUAAUGUAGCUGCUGCACCACCAGAAGGAACUGAACAAGAGAAGCAUUUAUGCAAAGAAACUCACCUCAAGAAAGAAGAGGAAGAUGUAGGGAAUUGACAGAGAUGAUAGUCACAGUGCAGGAGGUCAUUAACAUCUGCAAAGUGGGAGUAGUGAUACACAAAUCUUUAACAGCUCGUAUCUCAAAAUGAUCUUGGCUACAUAUUCAAACUUCAACGCCUCCCAAGACUGGGAAACAAAAUGAAGACUAUAGUGAUGGUCGUGGUGGUGGUGGUGGUGGUGGUGACAGAUGCAGCCAGUAACAGUUGGCAGAAUAACACAGAGAGGAGCAUUGUCUACGUGAAGGGGUUCCCUGCAGCGGGUGGUGACUUGAUCAUAGCGCCAGACACAAGUGUGGCCCCAGAGGACGCCUUUGCCAUCUUUAACACCACGCGUCGCUGUGCUUGUCGCGUGGCCUGCUUCUCCAUCGCGGCAUGUCAAAUGGUGGCGGCGGUGAGCAGGGAAGAUACCGGUAAGGAGUGGAUAGAGUGUCGUCUCAUCGCCGUACGCUACCUCAGUACCAUGCCCCACCUUCAGGAUGACCGUGCUGCUGUCCUCUUUCUUUGGCCAACAGAGAGGCACGUGUGGGUGGACCUUCACUACUACCCGGACGAGGAGGAGCUGAAGUGGGGAGACGGCACCCUCUUCAACGUCAACUACAAUUAUUCAACCUCAUUCUACUAUGAGGAGAUCGUGUACUUUUUUGCAUCUAAUCAUCUCAACGGCGUUCCAAGAAAAAUUAAUAUGACGCUAGAGGUUAUCUGUCAGGCUAAUCCGCUUGGGGAGCCUGACUGGUAGUGACGACGAGCUCCAUUGGCAGUUUCCCUAGCUAGAGUGAAGGGUUAGCGCCGUAUACGAGUCUCCUUUCAUGUUUAGACUGAUAUUGAAAUAGUGUAUGUAUAGAAUAAUAAACUCAUUACAAGCC